CAUUCGUAUAGCAUGGAAGACACAUCAACGACGCGUCAACAAAAGCACCAUACAAACAACAGACAACAUAGCCCUAAAAAGAGCUUGGAGACAAUGAUUGGCAAAACGAUCAAGAUCAAGACAGCUUCUAAUGAACAAAUAGAAGGCUUCAUCUAUACAUAUGACCGUAUUACCAACUGUUUAGUGAUUGAUUGUACAACUCAUACUAAACAGUCUAAUUUUCGUAUCAUCAAAAUAUCCUAUAUCAAAGAAAUCAUCUCUAUCAGUGGAGAAGCCAAAAAGGACUAUAUGCCCAUUCAGCCUAUUCCAGUAGACCGCCUAAAGCACCGUGAAUCAGAAACAGUCAAAGAAUUUAAACACCAAGUCUCCAAGAUUGGUGUAGGCGUCACAAAAGAAGCACAAGAUAUAUUUAAUGCAUUAAGCAAAACAUUACCAUGUCGAUGGUCAAAAGAUACCAUUGUGGUGAUGGAUGAAAUAUUGAUUUCACCUCCUUAUGGUGUAGAAGAUUGUAAAGCCAAUGCGACAUCAGCAGCAUUACUUGCUCGAGUUAAAAAAGUGCUUGAAGGUGAAAGAAAGCGACUUUUAAAAUAAAUAGUUUUUCACAUGAUUUCUUUCUUUCUUUUUUCUCUCUUUCUUUCUUUUUCUUUAUAUGCCUCAUUCUUUUUCAAAUUGUCCUUUACGCUCUUG